AUGCGCCUGGCAGACACGAGCUACGUGCCGACACUCAGGCAGGUCCUGUACGCGCUCAUCGCCACCUCGUCGGUCGUGCUCGCGAUCCUCUCGGCCACCCUUCUCGCCUACCAGCUCCGGUGGACCAUCGGGUACAACAAGCCUGUCCCUGCCCUCCUCGUCUGCGCUUCCCUCACGGUCCUCCACUGCGCCUGGUUCCUCGCGCCGGUUCAGCCGACCGCACCGCCUCGUCGCCGCCUCGCCGCCUCAAUCCAGGUCGAGCUCGCGUCCCUCGCCGUCUCUGCCCUGUUCACCCUCGGCGGCGUGUCGCGCCUCGGAACGGCGACGCCGGGCCUUCUCUCGUCGUGCGGCGGGUACUUCGUCUGUUCGGCGCUGCAGGGGUGCUACUCUCUCGCGUGGAUCUCCUUCCUUUUCCUCGCCCUCCUUUUCGCCUCCCUCCUCGCCGCCACGCUGUACCACCGCCGCCGCACCCCACACCUCUCGGUCUUCCGCCAGCCGUGCGUCUUCGUCGAAUGGGCGAUGUACUCGCCCCGAGCGGUGAGGCUGCCGGGCCCGGGAGGAGGACUCGCGAGCGAGGGAGCAGACUGGCGACAAGGACGAGAGGCGGACGAGGGCAAGCUGUAG